CAAUCCAAUCGCCUCUCCAUAUUGGACACGGUGGGCGUGUCCGGUGAGUGCUGCUGCGUUCGGUUGAGGAGUUCAGAGCAGCGGGGCUGCAGACGGAGGCAUCAGCGCGCAGGGGCGAAACAAGGUAAUAUUUUGGCCGACUUUCAAAAUAACUGGAUUAUAAAAACUGGACGCGCUGGAUAGCGACCCAUUCAUCUCUUCCCGUACGCAGGUCUCAUCGCUGACAGGUGGCCUAUUUUUAGUUCCUCAUGCCGGAGAUGGCACAGCGGAGCGGGCAAGAGGACCCUGAGCGGUACCUCUUUGUGGAUCGGGCCGUGGUCUACAACCCAGCUUCCCAGGCAGACUGGACGGCCAAGAAAUUGGUGUGGGUGCCUUCUGAACGCCAUGGCUUCGAGGCUGCCAGCAUCCGUGAGGAGCGAGGAGAGGAGGUACUCGUCGAGCUGGCGGAAAAUGGCAAGAAGGCCGUGGUGAAUAAGGAUGACAUCCAGAAGAUGAACCCACCCAAGUUCAGCAAAGUGGAGGAUAUGGCUGAGCUCACCUGCUUGAACGAAGCCUCCGUGUUAUACAAUCUGAAGGACCGUUACUACUCUGGGCUCAUAUAUACAUACUCAGGGCUCUUCUGUGUGGUCAUAAACCCUUACAAAAACCUCCCGAUAUACUCCGAGAACAUCAUUGAGAUGUACAGGGGCAAGAAAAGGCACGAAAUGCCACCUCAUAUCUACGCCAUUUCUGAAUCGGCCUACAGAUGCAUGCUUCAAGAUCGUGAGGACCAAUCAAUUCUUUGCACAGGAGAAUCAGGUGCUGGAAAGACGGAAAACACCAAAAAAGUCAUCCAGUACCUGGCUCAUGUCGCAUCCUCUCACAAAGGAAGGAAAGACCACAACAUUCCACCAGAAUCACCUAAAGCUGUCAAACUCCAGGCAAAGUUAGAGCGUCAGCUCCUGCAGGCCAACCCUAUUCUGGAAUCCUUUGGGAAUGCCAAGACUGUGAAAAAUGACAACUCUUCACGCUUCGGCAAGUUCAUUCGCGUCAACUUUGAUGUGACGGGUUACAUCGUGGGGGCCAACAUUGAAACCUAUCUUCUUGAAAAGUCCAGGGCUAUACGCCAAGCCAAAGAUGAACGCACCUUUCAUGUCUUCUACCAGUUGUUGGCCGGUGCUGGAGAACAUCUAAAAUCUGAUCUACUCCUCGAAGGCUUCAAUAACUAUCGCUUCCUCUCCAACGGUAACAUUCCCAUCCCUGGACAACAGGACAAGGAUAACUUUCAAGAGACCAUGGAGGCCAUGCAUAUUAUGAGCUUCUCCCAUGAAGAAAUCUUAUCGAUGCUGAAGGUGGUAUCAUCCGUUCUCCAGUUUGGCAACUUUGUGUUUAAGAAGGAGAGAAACACUGAUCAGGCUUCUAUGCCAGAAAACACAGCUGCUCAGAAGCUUUGCCACCUGCUCGGCAUGAACGUCAUGGAAUUCACACGUGCCAUUCUGUCCCCACGGAUCAAAGUAGGCAGGGACUAUGUACAGAAAGCCCAGACUAAAGAACAGGCUGACUUUGCGGUGGAAGCCCUGGCCAAGGCCACAUAUGAAAGGUUGUUCCGCUGGCUUGUUCACCGCAUCAAUAAAGCUCUGGACAGGACCAAACGCCAGGGAGCUUCCUUCAUUGGCAUCCUGGACAUCGCUGGCUUUGAGAUCUUCCAGCUGAACUCAUUUGAGCAGCUCUGUAUCAACUACACCAAUGAGAAGCUCCAGCAGCUCUUCAACCACACCAUGUUCAUCCUGGAGCAGGAGGAGUAUCAGCGUGAAGGCAUCGAGUGGAGCUUCAUCGACUUCGGUCUCGACCUGCAGCCCUGUAUCGAUCUCAUCGAGAGACCGGCCAAUCCUCCUGGCGUGUUGGCUCUGUUGGAUGAAGAGUGCUGGUUCCCAAAAGCCACCGACAAAACUUUUGUGGACAAACUGGUGCAAGAGCAGGGAACUCACAGCAAGUUCCAGAAACCACGGCAGCUGAAGGACAAAGCCGAUUUCUGCAUCAUUCACUAUGCUGGCAAGGUUGACUAUAAGGCGGACGAGUGGUUAUUGAAAAACAUGGAUCCUCUAAACGACAACGUGGCCACACUCCUGCACCAGUCCACCGAUAAGUUUGUGGCCGAACUGUGGAAGGACGAGAUUCAGAAUAUCCAAAGAGCGUCUUUUUACGAUGUCUCUAGUCUACACGAAUCGCCAGGUGAAGUGGACCGCAUUGUUGGUUUGGACCAAGUUGCAGGGAUGAACGAGACUGCGUUUGGAGCCACGUAUAAGACCAAGAAGGGCAUGUUCCGCACUGUUGGUCAGCUCUAUAAAGAGUCUCUUACCAAACUCAUGGCCACCCUCAGGAACACCAACCCCAACUUCGUCCGCUGUAUCAUUCCCAACCAUGAGAAAAGAGCUGGUAAACUGGAACCCCAUCUUGUUCUAGAUCAGCUGAGAUGUAACGGGGUGUUAGAAGGUAUUCGCAUCUGCAGACAGGGGUUCCCCAACCGUAUCGUCUUCCAGGAGUUCAGACAAAGAUAUGAGAUCCUCACCCCAAACGCAAUCCCCAAGGGUUUUAUGGAUGGCAAGCAGGCCUGUGAAAGAAUGAUCCGAGCCUUGGAGCUAGACCCAAACCUCUUCCGGAUCGGUCAGAGUAAGAUUUUCUUCCGCACUGGAGUUCUGGCGCACCUGGAAGAAGAGCGAGACCUGAAGAUAACCGACAUCAUCAUCUACUUUCAGUCGGUCUGUCGAGGGUACCUGGCUCGCAAAGCCUUCGCUAAGAAGCAGCAGCAGCUCAGCGCUUUGAAGGUCCUCCAGAGAAACUGUGCCGCUUACCUGAAACUACGCCACUGGCAGUGGUGGAGACUCUUUACCAAGGUGAAGCCGCUCCUGCAGGUGACGCGUCAGGAGGAAGAGAUGCAGGCCAAGGAUGAAGAGCUCAUUAAAGUGAAGGAGAGGCAGGUGAAAGUGGAGAACGAACUGGUGGAAAUGGAGAGGAAACACCAGCAGAUCAUGGAGGAGAAGAACAUCCUGGCAGAGCAACUGCAGGCCGAGACGGAAUUGUUUGCUGAAGCUGAAGAGAUGAGAGCUCGACUCGUGGCUAAAAAACAAGAGCUGGAGGAGAUCCUGCAUGACCUGGAGUCCCGCGUGGAGGAGGAAGAGGAGAGGAACCAGUCUUUGCAGAACGAGAAGAAGAAAAUGCAAUCGCACAUACAGGACCUAGAGGAACAGCUCGAUGAAGAGGAGGCUGCAAGACAGAAACUUCAGCUAGAGAAGGUGACUGCCGAGGCCAAAAUAAAAAAGAUGGAGGAAGAUAUUCUGCUGUUGGAGGAUCAGAACUCCAAAUUCCUCAAGGAGAAGAAGCUUCUGGAGGACCGUGUGAAUGAGAUGACCUCCCAUCUGGCUGAAGAAGAGGAGAAGGCCAAGAACCUUGGCAAAGUCAAGAACAAGCAGGAAAUGAUGAUGGUGGACCUGGAAGAGCGUCUGAAGAAAGAAGAGAAAACAAGACAGGAGCUGGAGAAAGCCAAGCGUAAGCUGGACGGUGAGACCACAGACCUACAGGAUCAGAUAGCUGAGCUGCAGGCCCAAAUCGAGGAGCUCAAGAUUCAGCUGGCCAAGAAAGAAGAGGAGCUGCAAGCUGUACUGGCCAGAGGUGAUGAAGAGGUCGCUCACAAGAACAAUGCCCUAAAGCAGGUGCGAGAGCUUCAGGCCCAGCUUGCUGAGCUGCAGGAGGAUCUCGAAUCUGAAAAAGCAGCCCGGAACAAAGCAGAGAAACUUAAGAGAGAUCUGAGCGAGGAGCUGGAGGCUCUGAAGACUGAGCUCGAAGAUACCCUGGACACAACUGCUGCCCAACAGGAGCUGAGGACCAAACGUGAACAGGAGGUAGCUGAACUGAAGAAGGCGAUUGAUGACGAGACGAAGAACCACGAGUCUCAGAUUCAGGAGAUGAGACAGAGGCAUGGUGCAGCUCUGGAGGAGAUCUCUGAACAGCUGGAGCAGGCCAAGAGAGUUAAGGCAAACCUGGAGAAAAACAAACAGACCUUGGAGAGUGAUAAUAAGGAGAUGGCCAGUGAUGUGAAGAGUUUACAGCAGACCAAGAGCGAGUCUGAGCACAAGAGAAAGAAACUAGAGGCUCAACUGCAGGAGGUUAUGGCCCGCUUCAGCGAGGGAGAGAAGGUUAAAGGAGAACUUGCUGACCGCUCCCAUAAACUACAGACGGAACUGGACAAUGUUUCUGCUCUCUUGGAAGAUGCUGAGAAGAAGGGAAUCAAGCUGGCCAAAGACUCCUCCAGCUUAGAGAGUCAACUUCAAGACACUCAGGAACUGCUUCAAGAGGAGACCCGUCAGAAGCUAAACCUGAGCAGCCGUAUUCGUCAGCUGGAGGAGGAGAAGAACAGCCUGCUGGAGCAGCAGGAUGAGGAAGAGGAGACGCGCAAGAACCUGGAGAAACAACUGGCAACCCAACAGGCGCAGCUGGUGGAGACCAAGAAGAAGCUGGAGGAUGAUGUGGGAGCCUUGGAGUGUCUGGAGGAGGUGAAGAGGAAACUGCAGAAGGACAUGGAGGUGACCAGUCAAAAGCUGGAGGAGAAAGCCAUCGCUUACGACAAACUGGAGAAAACCAAGAACAGACUCCAUCAGGAGCUCGACGACCUUAUGGUGGACCUGGACCACCAGAGACAGAUCGUCUCAAACCUGGAGAAGAAACAGAAGAAGUUUGACCAGAUGCUGGCAGAGGAGAAGACCAUCUCGGCACGUUACGCUGAGGAGAGGGACCGUGCCGAGGCUGAAGCCCGAGAGAAAGAUACCAAAGCUCUGUCUAUGGCCCGAGCCCUGGACGAGGCUCUGGAGGCCAAAGAGGAAUUCGAGAGGCUCAACAAGCAGCUCAGAGCCGAGAUGGAGGACCUCAUGAGUUCCAAGGAUGAUGUGGGCAAGAAUGUGCAUGAGCUGGAGAAGUCCAAACGCACUCUCGAGCAGCAGGUGGAGGAAAUGCGCACACAGCUUGAGGAGCUGGAGGAUGAGCUGCAGGCCACUGAAGAUGCUAAACUGCGUCUGGAGGUCAACAUGCAGGCCAUGAAAGCUCAGUUUGACAGAGACCUGCAGGCCAGAGAUGAGCAGAAUGAAGAGAAGAAGAGGGCGCUGGUCAAACAGGUGCGUGAGAUGGAGGCGGAGCUAGAAGACGAACGGAAGCAAAGAGCUCUCGCUGUGGCAGCCAAGAAGAAACUGGAGAUGGACCUUAAAGAUGUGGAAUCUCAUAUCGAGGCUGCAAACAAGGCCCGCGAUGAAGCCAUUAAACAAUUACGUAAACUCCAGGCACAGAUGAAGGACUACCAGAGGGAGCUGGAGGAGGCGCGCUCCUCUCGCGAUGAGAUCUUCGCUCAGUCUAAAGAGAACGAGAAGAAACUCAAGAGUCUGGAGGCAGAGAUUCUGCAGCUGCAGGAGGACCUUGCAUCUUCAGAGAGAGCCAGACGCCACGCUGAACAGGAAAGAGAUGAACUGGCGGAUGAGAUUUCUAACAGCGCUUCUGGAAAGGCAGCCCUCCUGGAUGAGAAGAGGAGACUGGAGGCUCGUAUCGCUCAACUGGAGGAAGAACUAGAGGAGGAACAGAGCAACAUGGAGCUCCUGAACGACCGCUUCCGCAAGACCACUAUGCAGGUGGACACACUGAACACAGAGCUGGCGGGAGAGCGCAGUGCCGCCCAGAAGAGUGAGAACGCCAGGCAGCAGCUGGAGAGACAAAACAAAGAGCUGAAAGCCAAACUGCAGGAACUAGAAGGAUCCAUCAAAUCUAAGUUCAAGGCCUCUAUCGCCGCCCUGGAGGCCAAGAUCAUCCAGUUAGAGGAGCAGCUUGAGCAGGAGGCGAAGGAGAGAGCUGCUGCCAAUAAAAUCGUACGUCGCACAGAGAAGAAACUCAAGGAGGUGUUCAUGCAAGUUGAGGACGAGCGUCGCCAUGCCGACCAGUACAAAGAGCAGAUGGAAAAGGCGAACUCGCGCAUGAAGCAGUUGAAAAGGCAGCUGGAGGAGGCCGAGGAGGAGGCUACUCGAGCGAACGCCUCCCGCAGGAAGCUGCAGAGAGAGCUGGAUGAUGCUACUGAAGCCAGCGAGGGUCUGAGCCGCGAGGUCAACUCGCUCAAGAACCGGCUCAGGCGAGGAGGUCCUGUUAGCUUCUCAUCCAGCCGCUCCGGGCGCAGACAGCUGCAGAUGGAGGGAGACUUCUCUGACGACGACGCAGACAGCAAGGCCAGCGACCUGAACGAGAACCAGCCGGCUCAAGCGGAAUAAAGCACAGCGCCCUCCCGUGGCCAUCAGGCCCCACAGCAUCAACCACUUCAGAACGUCUCUCAGCACCUCAUUCUCCUCAGCGUGGGGUCAGCGGUACAGAAAUAGGACCAGUUAGCAACUCGCAACACUACCACACAUAGAAUAACACACCCUACGUUUCUGUACUCUCCCCAUCCAGGGAGCAUCAACUCUGCCUUACUCUAAAAAUGCUUCAAGACCAUGCGUACAUUUGCAGCCUUUAGAACAUGAAAUACUACACUUCAAACGUACAAGUGCAUUUCACACAUCAAACCUUCCUCACACAUAUUCAUGUACACAAUGAAAGUCUUUUAUUCAAAUGUAGUUUAAUGAUGUAACACUAUCGCCUAGCUAAGCAGACUGAUUGGAUCUCUGGUUGUCCAAUAAACCCGUCCUGCAGUUUUUGGGUGAAGAGGCGCAUGUGCUGCUUGUUUGAAUCCUGUGGCUCUGGACCGGAUCUGAAAUGGACGUUCAAAGAAAAACUGUGAAAAGCUACUCGCUUCUGCAUCUCUCCAUUUAAAUGCAUUCAAUUCGUUUAAACGUGACGAAUAGCUCAGGCGACUGCAUUUGUGAUUUAUCUUCAUUUGAUUCAAGGCCCGUUUAAAAUGUCGGGCGAUUCCGAGGCAUUUUAAGAAUUAGGAUGUUGUCGCGAAACGCAAUUAGCUGCACAUUGUAGAAAAGCCAUAUAAGGCCACUUCAACUGGAAAGGAAUUCUAAAGCACGUCAAUAUGAAGCUUUUACAUCUGUUUUAUUCCCUUUGUAUGUGAGAGAAUUUGAUGGUACUUCUCAAAUCCAGCCGCUUUAUCUAUUUGAUACAUUACAUGUGAAGACAGCCAUUGGAAGAAACGGACCGGGCAGAUGAAGGAAGAUCUUGAUCGCACUCAUCAGUGCGAAAGCAAAAUGAACUGGACCAGAAAUAUUCAUAAAGCACUUUUCUGAAUUAGCUCAGCUGUAACGCUUUGAACGCUAUAGUAGAUUUGCUCUCGUCAGUAUUAGUAAGGUGAUGUAUGGAAACUGUAUUGACCCGUUCCACUGUUAGCAGUGAAUGACGUGUUUCUUAAAAAAGUGCCUUAGACACUAACUAGAAAACAUCGGUGAAUAAAUGAAGUAUGUCGAGUAUGAAUAACGGUGUAAGAAACGCUAACAUGAAGGCAAAACUUCAACUUAAAUUGAAAUAAACAUGCUAUGUAACCCUCGUUUUGUUAUUUUGUAUUUGACUGUGCUAUGAAUCAUAUCCAGUAUACUGCUCUACUGUCCCCUGUGUUCUCAUUGCGUUGUGGGGAAGAAUCUGUGUUAUCCACUAUAAAGAAUCCUCCGCGAUGAGCGAGCGUGAUUUCAUUGGGUUGAAAGCUUUAUCAUCCGUGAUCUAGUCACUAUUAUUGCAGUUAUUAUUAUUGCUAUAGUAUCACUUCUAUUAUUGAACUGGCUGUUGACAACCAGGCGUUCAACUGCAAAUGUCUCUCCUCUUGUUUUUCUCUUGUAUACUGUAUUUCUAGACGACAGUGAGUUUUAUAAAGGAAAAAUAAAACAUUCAUUCUA